CACGGCUAGCUUGCAUACCCGUGAGUUUAUCAUCAAGCUAUUACUGACCUGUACAUUGUUUUACUUUUUUAAUUACUAGAAGAUACACAGACGAUUCUCAACUCACACCAGCCGUCUGAUUUCAAACGCUUUGCCAGAAAGUGGGAUUUGGAGUGUGGUGGAUAUAAAGGCACUCUUUAAAAUUAUAUGUAAAACGCCGGUUAAAAAAAAAAAUUCAAGAGAAUAACAAGAUUGGUUUCAGAUGUUUAGGUUAAGACUAGAUUUAACGAACUUGACGCGAAUCUUGAUAGUUUGGACGAUUAGACUUGCAAUUGUUCGCUGUCUUUCGAAGAACACGUUGUGAUAGCUUCUAGCGGGUGUGCCGUGGUGCUCUUUUGCGGGUAAAGAGUCUGGAUCACGGAGGCUAAUUGGGACUACCGGGGAAGGGGACCAGUGCGGAAGAGGGUACUUUUCAAGUCACAAUCGAACAAGGGGCGGUGGCAAUGACUUGCCAAUAGAUACAACAUAACCGCAUAAACCUGGGGCAAACUUUUUCUUCUUCUUCCUAGUGCACCGUGCAUGCAUCUAAAGCAUGUGAUAUGAGAGGCAUCCCUGCUUGUGUGUAUAGCCAUGCAUCCCUAUACACACAUACACACACAGUCGGGCUACAUUAACUUGCUACGUACGUGUGUGAACUUUUCCCCCUUCUCAUGUGCAGCAGGCGACUCAACUCAAAAGUAAAGCGCGUGUACAUAGAUCUAUCUCUACCGAGUUGAUUCGGGGAAUCAAAAUGGCGGCGGUGGAAACUAGAAGAGUUAAAAAUGGCGGCGAAGGUUCGCAUAGAAGACAAGAAAGACCAGUAACUUUCGCCGAGUUUGGAUUGGAUUUAAAACCUUACUUCACCGAAUUCAAAGACCAUGAUAGACCUUCAACCUUCGCCGAAUUCGGUGUUGACGUCGAGAGAGAUAGACCUACAGUUGAUACCUUAGUCGGACCGUACCGGAAGUUUUCAAAGCUGAAUCGUGAAGAGAAGAUUUUUUUGACCACCUGUCUACUGACCAUUUUAGCCACCCUUGGAUUGACCGCUGACCGAGUGGCCAUCGUAGAGGCGGCUUCAGAUGAUUUCACAUUCGCCAUCUUACUUCUUAUUAAUAUAUUGUUCUGUUUAUUCUACGUGGUCAAUGGAGUCCUGGGCGAGCACGCCUACGAGCUCUUCGUCUUUGCCUUCAGUAUGUCUGUCAUUUUCGUCUACUGUAUCACAAACUUCUUAGAAACAUCAGAUGAUUCGGUUGAGUUGGCUCGCCUGAUAAUCGUCUGCAUAUUCUUCCCGUUCCAAAUUGGUUACAGUAUCACUAUGGGAGUGAAAUACAAGCGAGCCAAGAAUCUUAUCUUCAGAACCGUGGGCGCCAAUCUUUACCUACAGGACCUGUGCGGGAAUAUGUACCUUUUUGUUGAUCUAUUAAAAGUUGACUUACAGCUAGAGACCAGCAUGGUCAUCCUCGUCCUCGAUGACGGGAUCAACAUAAAUGGUUUUGAGAAGAUCGUCCUAAGUCUGGGACUGCCUCUAGGAUUAAUGUGGAACAUUCUCGGCUUUCUGGCAUUACGAUUUGAAAAUAGAAUAUUGGUUGUGCUCUUUCUCGCGACGGGUUGGAUUUUACCCGCCUUCAUCACCUACAAGUUCAUCGACUUAUCGAUGCGAUGGGAGGAAUGGCCGACCAAAGCUGACAAGCUUCUGCCUACAUGUAUCAUUGUCUGUGGUAUACUGGGUCUCAUCAUCCGGGUCUUUCUGGUCGUCGUCUGUGUUCAUCUCACUAUGAACUUUGGUCAUGGACUCGGAGAGAAAGUGUAUGGUGCCAGGAAGCGAACCGACACAACGGAUAACCUGACGACCCCACCGGUUCGAAGACGGACUCGAUCACGGCGGUAUCUCCCUAGCCGGCCUUUCAGCUGGCCUCAGUUCUCUCUCAGCAGUAGCAGACAACAACCCAAACCUUUCCCUCUCGAUCGGCUGGCCGAGAGGUCCCUCAGUGGCGUCGGCUGAUGAUGUCACAAAAGUGCAUAAUAUUUUAUUUCACCUACUGAGAGUCAUAAGGGCGUUAACUCUUUAUAAAGUUUUAUUAGAUAAUGCCUUCUGACUCUCAGCAGACACUUUUUCGUGAUAUUUGAGGGAAACGAACGGUUAUCCGUCGAUUUAUUUGACAUCCGCGGAUAUCAGUAGAUUUGGUGGAUGAAAUGUCAAGCCCAUAUGACGUCCUAUAUUGUCUUUCAUUAGAGUGCCUUACGUUAAUAUUUCGCAAGAUCUAUAUAAUUUAUCAAUGAUGGAUAUUUCGGUAUACUAUAUGUCAUGUACACAUUUUGAAGUAUUUUGAGAUGAACUCAUAAAAUAUUGCUUGCUUUAUGUCAGCUUCAUGUCAAAGAAAUAAAAAGGAGUACAUACUAUGGUAGAUCCAAGGACGGUUUGAAUUGAAUAAAUGCUGAAUUCGUCCAGAGACCAGUGUGUUUACAUUUUAUCAAAGCCUAUAUCAGGGGCGGAUCAAUGAUCGUCUGAAGGGGUGGUCAAGUUUCCUAAGGAACAAAUUUAAAUUCAGAAUGUUACUGAUUAAAAUCCAAACAAAUAUGAUUCUCAUUUUUUCAAAGAAAGAAUAACAAUAAUAAAAAUGAUAGUGUACAAGAACAAAAUUUCGGGAAUCCAUGUCGCCCUCGCAAGACUCUAAAAUAUUGGGGGGGGGGGGGGGGGGAGGGGGGUGCGAGGUAAAAGUACAAAGUUAUCUUCGGUUCAUUUUCCUCCGGGAACCUCUUUUUCCUUCUCUCCACAGGUAUGAUAGCGGGCCGCAGCUAUCCCAUUCCCAUCCCCACCCCCUCCCCCUCCCCCAAUACUGUGUAGAAUUGACAACUUAUCAAACUAGCUGAAGUGACCUUACUGGUGAAAAUAUAUCUUAUUUAUGACAUUUUGUUGAUACAUCCAGUUUCGAGUUCAAAUAGACAGUUACAAUAAUUCAAUUCGAGUUAAUUUACAUUGGUUUAUAUUAUUACGGAUGAUUUACGUUGUUUUAUCAUGAUUUUCUUGCAGAUUCUUAAUUUCAUUCAUAUACUUUUUAAUAUUCGUGUAGAAAAGUUGGGAUUUUCAAUAAGAUCUUGAAUUUCAUUGGUUGUUCUCCACCUUACAUAACGUUGCUGUUAUUCGACCUUAAAUUACUACGACAAAGAACAGUAACACAAUUAAUACCAUUAUUAAUAAAAGUAAAAUCACAACAUUUAAUUUCCUUUUGCAUGAAAAGAAACAAAACACAAACCACAUAUCACAAAAUCAUGUAUUCCUUUUAUCUGUACCAACAAAAUCAGAAAACCACAUGUAUCCGUUCUAAAACAAUUUUAAUAUUUUUUUUUGGUAUUUUAUACUUUCAGAAAGUGUGUGAAUAUUUUUCCAAAUAAUCCUGUAAAUUUACUCUAAUUGUAAAAAUUUGAAUCAACUAAUGUACAUUUGGGUCCAUCUUCUAUUAAAUUGCGCCCUCUAGUCU